AUACAUGACUUCGAAGUUCUAUUUCGAAAAUCCCAGCAUCUUCUCCUGCAGCAACGCCAUUUAUACGACCUUUCAUAAUCGCGAUUUGGGAGCAUCGACACCUCCAGCAAAAGAAGUCUUUUCGAAAACAUGCCCAUCCAGAACCUUUCUCGCUCUAGCUUCAAAUGCUUCGAUCAUUAUUCCUGCAACUUUCGGCGCAACCGCCUUGCUCAACGCGGCGUAUAUGGGAUUUGCGAAUUGAAAGUCGAUUGAAAGGUGUACUUCAGUGCGAUCUCUUGCGUCAUGCUCUGAUGUGUCUGUUUGUGGGGUUCCAGAGGUGGGCUUAAAAUGGAAAGGCUUCAAGGUCCACCUAGUGCUCAUGGACUGAAAUACGCUAUUGGCUUCUGCAGGGCUGCUGAGCGCAUUACCAUGGUGUGCCAACUCGGAUUUUGGCAGACUGGUAACAGCCUCUCCUCCUAGUGCUUCAACGACAGAGCCCGGAAUGCAAAGCGUUCUCGAUGUAAAUGUUUCUUCGAGGCCGCCCCAGCCUACUUUUAGGUCUGCUUCCGAGGGCCAUCGCUUCCCGUUCGCAUCUGGCUCUGACCACUUCGUCACUUUUGAGUCUUGACAGUAGGGUAAGAAGGCCGAAUAGCUGUCGAUAUCUGCGAUGAUGGUAUGGAGACUGCUCGAUUUGUAUGGGAGUAUUCGUGUCGCAUUCAAGUUUUGUGGUUCCGUUCCUGGGAGACCGAUGCCGGGGAGAGAUACGAAGCCUCGUGAAGCAUGAGCUUGUGAAUUGAGUCGCAAAGGGCGAAUUGGGAAUGCGCUUUGCGUCCGGAAGGUUCGCAGCAUGACUUUCGACAUGAUGAAGGAGUGUACGGACCAGAUGCUGCGUGUAUUGUACGAUUGACACUAUUCAAGAAAGUGGCAGAAAUUUGAGGAGAACAAGAAAUGUUAGCAAAAGUCCAUGGCGAAGAAACAAAGUUCAGACAUUAGAAGAGCUGAGCAUCAACUCGUGAGGUCAUUGACUGGAGGUGACAAUUCUGGUGGAGCUGCCCCAAGCUGCCCUACGAGGCUGCUUCGGACGAAAUCAAGUGUGCAGGGAUCAAGCGGCAGAAAAUCGAGGUCUUCUCACCGCCGGCCCCCCUCCAUUAAAAUUUCUUUCGCAGGCCACUUUUCUCUCCUCUUUUUCUCUCGCGACACCACACUUCAACUUCGCGACAACUCCAUGCACUCGAGUCAACUGGCCCGUGGAAGCUCUCUUGAGCUUAAUUGAGUUGGCCAUGGAGUCGAUUCAGAGCGAGAAGCAGGCACUUCCUUUGCCUGAUCUCUCCCAGUUGACAUUGGCGCCCACCGAGGACAAGACCAAGGUUGUUGCAGUUGAAGACGCUCAACCCGCGGCAAUUCCUCCUCACCUCUCUCACGAUCCCGAGAAUAACCUCAAAAGGAGCGAUCCCUUUCAAUUCGGAUCUCGCUACCUGAGCGAGACGGAGAAUGUGUUCGAGUUUAAUGCUUGGGACCAUGUAGAGACUGAUGAUACUUACAAGGAGUAUGCAGAAGAACAAUACGCAAAGCAGCGCGAGGCACCUGUCUCGGAUUUUGACAAAAGUAAGCAACUCAUCUCUUGCACAUCCUCCCGUGGUUCUGCCACUGCUUCCUGAUGAUUGAAUACAAGCAUAGUUCAUCUGAGGUUACUAGCCCAUGAACGAAACAAAAUUCGCAAUGUCUUUCGCUCCUAUCUGAUAGCAUCUACAUUACACAAUAUUGUCUCAAGUCAAUUAGUGUGCCAUGGCUGACAUUUCAAAAGACAGAUUUAACGGCGACCCAGCAAAGUGGUGGAAUAACUUUUACAAAAACAAUGCUGCGAAUUUCUUCAAGGACCGAAAAUGGCUCCAACAAGAGUUUCCUGUCCUGAUUGAUAUCACGAAGCCAGGUGCCGCACCCUACACACUUCUAGAGGUGGGCGCAGGAGCUGGAAAUACUGCUUUCCCUAUCUUGUCACGUAACCAAAAUCCUAAUCUCAAGAUACAUGCCUGCGAUUUCUCCAAGAAAGCCGUCGAAGUAAUUCGUGCGAACGAGGCAUAUGAUUCACAAAAUAUACAAGCCGAUGUUUGGGAUGCCGCCAGUGAUGAGCUCCCCCCCGACUUAGGCGAGGGAAGUGUUGAUUAUGUCCUGAUGAUCUUCAUUUUCUCGGCCCUUUCACCAUCUCAAUGGAAGCAAGCCGUACACAACAUCUUCAAAGUUCUUAAGCCCGGCGGAGAGGUAUUAUUCCGUGAUUAUGGGCGAGGAGACCUGGCUCAAGUGCGCUUCAAGAAAGGGAGAUACCUAGAAGAGAACUUUUACAUUCGAGGGGACGGUACUAGAGUUUACUUCUUUGAGAAGGAAGAACUCAUUGAUAUUUGGAUUGGAGAGAAGGCAGAGGAUGUGGCUGCCGAGAAUACCCCUGGUCCUUGCUUCGAAGUCGUUGAUCUUGGCGUGGAUAGGAGGCUGUUGGUUAAUCGAGCCAAGCAGUUGAAGAUGUAUAGAUGCUGGCUACAGGGUCGCUUCCGAAAGCAAGAACUGAAGUCUAGUUGA